GUGCUAUAGGUUUUAAAAAAAAAAAAAAAAAAAUUGUCCUGUACAUUCCAAGGCAUUUGGAGAUGGCAAGGAAGUGGUGACAGGGACAAAUCCUCUAGUUUAUCAUUUUGAUUUCAGUUAGUAUCUCCUAGACUUUGACAUGACUAAGGAUGAACAAGAUCAAAAUGGAACCAAUCCUCCAGGGGAAGGGAAUUCAUUAGAGACAGAAGCCAAUGAUAAAAAGACACAAAAACAGAAAAAUAAAAGGAAAAAACAGUUAUUAAAGGAAGCUGCGAAAGCUGACAAACGUGGAAUUUGCUAUCUGAGCCGGAUUCCUCCCCACAUGGAUCCUUUGAAGCUUCGUCAGAUUCUUUCCCAGUAUGGAGAGAUACAACGGAUUUAUCUCACACCUGAAGACCCUGCAGCACAAGUACACCGUAAGCGGGCCGGUGGCUUUCGAGGUCAAGAGUUUUCAGAAGGGUGGGUUGAAUUUACCAAGAAACGUGUUGCGAAGCGGGUUGCAAGUAUGAUAAAUGGUGAACAGAUAGGUGGGAGGAAGCGGUCAUCGUUCUAUUAUGAUCUUUGGAACAUCAAGUAUUUAAGUAAAUUCAAGUGGGAUGAUCUUACUGAAGAAAUUGCUUACAAGAGUGCCAUUCGGGAGCAGAAGCUAGCUUUAGAGGUAUCUGCUGCUAAGAGGGAGCGAGAUUUCUAUCUCUCGAAGGUUGACAAGUCCCGUGCUUUGUUUUCUAUUCAAGAACGGCUGAAGAAGAAGCAGAAGGUCCAACAAGGUUCAGGCACAAAUUCUGUGUCCCCAGUUGACCAGAUGGAGGUUAAGGUGAUCCGUCGAUUCUCUCAGACACGACCAGUUGCAGACAAGACAGCACAGACCAAACUUUCCAAAGAUGUCCUGGCUGGGGUAUUUGGUGGCUCAUCUUCGUGAUCUAUGUUCAUCAUUAAUUGCUUUCAACCUGUCUAUCGAGAGCUGGAUAAUUGCAACUUGUGAUAUUUCAAGGAGGCCAAGCAAUGGCAAGGUUGAUGAGGGUCUUGAGUGGCUCAUCUAAAGUAAUUCUGGGGAUUAUGGGCCUAGUAUGUUCCUUGAGAAUU